CCGCUUUCCCUCGUUCUUCUUCCUCUUCUUUCUGAUUAGAGUGUGUCCUUAUUUUUUCUCUUCACACUUGCAUUCAUUUCCUUCCCUCGCAAACUCCUGGGAACCCUAGGUUUUUUGCCCUUCGUUUUCUCUUAUAUUAUCUCGUUUCCUAUCCUUCUUUUCUUCAUUAGAGAAGAGGUAAGAUUGAGAGAGAGAGAUACAGAGAAGAUGUUGGAGCUCAGGCUGGUACAGGGGAGUUUGUUGAAGAAAGUCUUGGAAGCGAUCAAAGACCUGGUGAACGAUGCCAACUUCGACUGCUCGGCCACCGGGUUCUCACUCCAGGCCAUGGAUUCCAGUCAUGUGGCUCUGGUGGCCCUCCUCCUUAGAUCGGAGGGCUUCGAGCAUUACCGCUGCGACCGGAAUCUCUCCAUGGGCAUGAACCUCAACAACAUGUCCAAGAUGCUAAAGUGCGCCGGUAAUGACGACAUCAUCACCAUCAAGGCCGAUGAUGGCAGCGACACUGUCACCUUCAUGUUCGAAAGCCCUAAUCAAGAUAAGAUUGCUGAUUUUGAGAUGAAACUGAUGGACAUCGAUAGCGAGCAUCUUGGAAUUCCCGAAGCAGAAUACCAAGCCAUCGUUCGUAUGCCGUCAUCUGAGUUUGCAAGGAUUUGCAGGGAUCUCAGUAGCAUUGGGGAUACCGUUGUGAUUUCGGCGACAAAAGAAGGCGUGAGGUUCUCCACACGAGGUGACAUCGGAGCUGCAAAUAUUAUCUGCCGGCAGAAUACAACCGUGGAUAAGCCGGAGGAAGCUACCAUCAUAGAGAUGCAGGAACCAGUGUCAUUGACGUUUGCUCUAAGGUACAUGAACUCCUUCACCAAGGCGACCCCAUUAUCAAACACAGUGACCAUCAGCUUGUCUUCGGAUCUCCCUGUUGUGGUCGAGUACAAGAUUGCUGAGAUGGGUUAUAUCAGGUUCUAUUUGGCGCCUAAGAUCGAAGACGAGGAAGAAGAGACCAAGCCUCAAACCUGAUGAAUUUCUGGAUUGAAUGUUACCCUAAUUAAUAGUUAGAGGGGCUCUAACAUUUUUACUGGUGUAUGCUUUUGUUUAUCAUUUUUGUAAGUUCUGCUGUUGGUUACCUGAAACUUUGGUUAAUCAAAUAUUAUCGGUUAUUGAGCCCAGGAUUCCUCCCAA